AUGGAUCCAUUAGAAACAGAUGAAUCAGCGACAUCAAGUUAUUAUUCAAUAUCAAAUACAUCUGUUUCAUCUUCAUUAUCAUUAGAAAGUUUAAGUGGUGGGCGUAGUACCGGCAGCGAUGAGAAAAAAGUACACGCUAGAAUAUGUGAUAUAGCAGAUAUUUUAAAUUUGGAAUCUUUUGGACAAGACGAUAGACUAGGUAGUGAUGAACAACAAGAUGAAAAUUUUUGGUUUUUGUUUGACAAACAAAUAUCAUACAACAACAGUGUUGGUGAUGGCUCAACGGUACAAUGUUUACGAACAACGAUACAAGACGAACAUCCACUGGAAUUUGAAAAUUUAAAAGCUGAUUUAUAUGAUUUAGUGAAAGGUUCAAAGCAAUUAUCUCCGAAUGAUUAUAAGCGUUCACUUUAUAAUCGUCCAAUUGCAUUUGAAAAAGAUUCACGACUUUGGGCUCGUAAUUUACUUGACACAUUUAAAACAGGUAAUAGUGCUGCUGCCGAUAAUAACAACGAUAUCAAUAGACAGAUGGAUAAAACAUCGUCUGAUUAUGAUAGUUCAAUUUGUGACGACAGUUUAUUUGAAACAAAUGUUGAAUAUAUCCAAAAAUUAAAUUCUGAUAAUAACUAUUCUACCCAUUUAAACUAUUUACAAUCAAAUCGUUCUAAAUUAUGGUAUACUUUAACAGAUUCUCUUGAUGUUAUCGAUGGGUUUUUGGGUAAAAUUAUCUCAUUUUAA